CCGCACCAUCGAGCGCGGCCGCGCGCCGCGUACCGACAACAAAUAAUAACAAACGCGACGCAACGAACGAACGUGAACGUCAAACAGUGUGAACCAACCAGUGAUUUCAUUUUACUGUAUUAAUAUAUCAGCAUUAAUCGUUUCCACCUUGUUUUGUAAAUUAUAAAUCCUACGAAAAUGCGGCGAAACGUCAAAAUCCUGUUCCUUGUGGGAGCUGUGUGGAUGUUUUUCCUAUUUUACUACAUGCAGCCUGAUACUACACAGUCUAAGGAAGAAAACAUAGCACUCCGCCUAAUAAAGCAACAUUCAGACAUCGAAGAACCAGAAAGCAGUCCAGCAUCACCCGAAGAAGUCUUCACAGGCCACACUGGAACCACAGGCAGAGCAUACUUUGAUGAAACAGGCUAUGUGAGCGGAGGAGCCAAGGACUCAGACCCUUACGUGAGGAACAGGUUCAACCAGGCCGCAUCCGAUAACAUGCCUAGUAACAGACCUGUUCCGGAUACAAGGAAUGCUAUGUGUCGACUGAAGAAAUACGACGAUGACUUGCCGCAGACCAGCAUUAUCAUCACAUUCCACAACGAAGCCAGAUCAACACUGCUGAGGACCAUCGUUAGUGUUCUGAAUAGGAGUCCGGAGCAUCUGAUCAAAGAAAUUAUCUUGGUCGACGACUUCAGUGAUAACCCCGAGGACGGGGCGGCUCUCCGCGCGAUCCGCAAGGUCAAGGUGAUUCGGAACUCGAAACGCGAGGGUCUGAUGAGGUCCAGAGUCCGAGGCGCUGAUGCUGCAGUGGCUCCUGUGCUAACCUUCCUUGACUCCCACGUGGAGUGCAACGUGCAUUGGCUGGAACCUCUCUUGCAGAGAGUGAAAGAGGACCCAACUCGAGUAGUUUGCCCAGUGAUAGAUGUCAUCAGUAUGGACACGUUCCAGUACAUCGGAGCGUCGGCGGACCUGCGCGGCGGGUUCGACUGGAACCUGGUUUUCAAGUGGGAAUACCUAGGACACGCUGAGCGUAGCGCCCGAUUGAGUGACCCCACCCAGGUGAUCCGCACUCCCAUGAUAGCUGGGGGACUGUUCAGCAUGGACCGCAAGUACUUUAGCAAACUCGGCAAAUACGACAUGAAGAUGGACGUUUGGGGAGGAGAGAACUUGGAGAUAUCGUUCAGGGUAUGGCAAUGUGGUGGGUCUUUGGAGAUCGUGCCUUGCUCUCGAGUGGGCCACGUCUUCAGGAAGCGUCACCCCUACACCUUCCCUGGUGGUUCAGGAGCAGUCUUCGCGAGAAAUACGAGAAGAGCAGCUGAAGUAUGGAUGGAUGAUUACAAGGAACUGUAUUAUCGGUCUCAGCCUUUAGCCAAACAAGUUGAUUAUGGAGACAUAUCAGAACGAGUGGCUCUUCGUCAGAAACUUCACUGCAAGCCUUUCCGUUGGUACUUAGAACAUGUUUAUCCAGAACUACAAGUACCAGCUCUGACUGCGCCCUCUCAUGUCAUCAAACAAGGAGCUAGGUGCCUUGACACCAUGGGACAUCUUGUUGAUGGGACCCUAGGAAUGUACCUCUGCCACUACACAGGUGGCAACCAAGAAUGGCGUUUCGAAAACGGUCUCAUCCGUCACCAUCGCCUCUGCGUCUCCCUCUCAACAGAAGACCGUGUCACCGCGAUCCUGGCUGCUUGCGACCCUGCAGACGAUGCACAGAUUUGGCGACGACAAGGCCUCUUGAUCAGACAUGCCAAACUUGACGCUUGCCUUGAUACGGAAAGACCAGCCCUCUACAUAGAACAGUGUGAUGAAGAGAAACCUAGCCAACGGUUCACUUUUUAAAGUCAAACAGUACCAGAAAGAAUGAGAUCAAAACCAGUGAAGAAACAUCUCUAUUAAAGGAGAUGCGGAUAAAG